CGGCCCACCGCAUGAAGCCGGCGUGUGCAUCAGCAUCAUCAUCAGCAGCAGUAACAACAAGAGGCGCCAUGCAGCAGCAGCCGCACGCCGCGCUGCGCCGCGUGCGGCUCCUUGCCGGGGCCAUGGCGGGGCCCCGAGCCGUCGCUCGCCGCGCGCUCUGCGCAGCCUCCUCAGGGGAGACCAUAACUAUUGGAGAUGUAUCCCGUAAGGUGAAGCGGCCGCAAAACCCUGAGUUGGUGCCUGUCAAGCACAUUACAGGCUCAUUGUCCCAAUCCACCCUGGAACACCUGCGCUGGCUUCUUCAGAAAGAUGUCUUGGGGCAGGAUGUGUUCCUCAUUGGGCCGCCAGGACCUCUACGCCGCUCAAUCGCUAUGCAGUACAUGGAGCUGACAAAGCGAGAGGUGGAGUACAUCGCUCUGUCGCGGGACACGACAGAAGGUGACCUGAAGCAGCGGCGCGAGAUUAAGGAGGGAAGCGCCCACUACCUGGACCAGUGUGCUGUGCGAGCAGCCUUACUAGGACGGGUGCUGGUUCUGGAAGGUGUGGAGAGAGCAGAGAGGAAUGUGCUUCCAGUUCUCAACAAUUUAUUGGAGAAUCGAGAAAUGCAGCUGGAGGAUGGACGUUUCCUCAUGUCAGCACAGCGUUAUGACAAGCUUCUACAGGAGCACUCGGCGGAGCAGCUGGCCGCAUGGCGGGUUGAGCGGGUGAGCGAGGAGUUCCGUGUGGUCGCGCUCGGCCUGCCCGUGCCGCGUUACCGCGGAAACCCGCUGGACCCGCCUCUCCGCUCCCGGUUUCAGGCGCGCAACAUUCCGCACCCGCCCUUCAAGGAGCAACUGGAGAUACUCUACGCAGCCGCACCAAACGUUCCUCCUGAAACGCUGGCCCAACUGCUGGGAUUUGCAACGACAAUGCUGACGCCUGAGGGCACGACACUGGGUCUGCCUGACUUCCCCAUGAACAGUCUGCUGCCGCUCGCCCGCAUCCUCUCAAUUGUGCCAGGGUAUGAUGCUGGGAAGCUGCUAGAGCAAGCGUUCCCGUACUCUGCUCUCCUUGGGCCUGAAGGGAACGCAGCAUUGCAGAACACACUCAAGAAAUUUGAGCUGGUGGGUGGUACUGGAGCUGCUCAGCCACGGCGCAUCGAGAACGUGAAGAGGAGUGAGGCUGUGAAUGACAGUGACGCUCGCUCGGCAGUCAUCACAGCUCUCUUUGGGGACAAGAGGUUCUCCUUUAAGGUGAUGACAGGCAUGGAGGAUUUGAAGAGACCAGUGGCAUCAGGCGGGUAUCACGAGACAGAGGCUCAUGCUGGUUUGCUGGCAGACAUGGUCCUGUCUCACACCACCUCUGACUUUUGUCUCCUUGGGGGAAAGGGUUGUGGUAAAAGUAUUCUAGCUCGAGCAUUUGCUGACAUGCUGGGCUAUCACAUGGAAUCAAUCAUGCUUUAUCAGGACAUGACUGCCCGGGAGUUGCUGCAGCAGAGAGUGACGCUGGCUAACGGCGACACUGCGUGGCGGCCAUCCCCCGUGGUGACAGCGGCGCGUGAUGGUAGCCUGCUCCUCCUCGACGGCAUUCACCGUGUCAACCCUGGCACACUGGCUCUGCUGCACCGGUUGGUGCAUGACCGUGAGCUCACGUUAUAUGAUGGCUCACGUCUGAUUGGUGCUGAUCGUUAUGAAGUCCUGCAAAAAGAAGCCGGUCUUAGCUCUGAACAGCUAACAGAGAGGGGGGUGUUCCCAAUCCACCCAGCAUUCCGUGUGGUCGCUCUUGCGGAACCAGCUGCCCCUGGCCCCACUGCAGGCAACCCCCAGCAGUGGCUGGGCCCUGAGGCGCUCUCCAUGUUCCUGUACCACACAGUGCCGCCGCUCACUCCUGCUCAAGAGAUGGACAUCCUGCGUGCUAUGGUCCCAGGCCUUCCCCAGGAUGCUGCACAUCAAUUACUGCAGCUUGCACAGCGUCUACGCAAGGCCCGGGACCCAACUAUGCGGUCCUUGGCUGCGUCUCUGUCAACACGGCAACUGUUAAGAAUGUCCAGACGUCUUGCGCGCUAUGAGGGCGAGGAUCUGCAUGCUGCAAUCCACAAGGCCUGCCUCUCCCGGUUUCUUCCCAGCUUGGCACGUGCUGCCCUCCAAACUGCCAUGCAAGAUGCUGGGCUUGAGACCACUGGAAAGGAUUCUGAGCAAGCAGACAUUAUAACUGAGGUACGGGAUGGUGUCCUGCACAUUGGAGAUGUCACUGCCCCAGUGAGCAGCACCGCUGUUCAAACAAAGGUGCCGGACAUCCUCUUCUACGACAACCUGCAGCACCUUCGUGUGAUGGAGGAUAUGCUGAAGGAUUUCAAUCUGGGAGAACAUCUGCUUCUUGUGGGGAAUCAGGGUGUGGGGAAGAACAAGGUUGUCGACCGAUUUUUACAACUGCUGAACCGUCCUCGCGAAUACCUGCAGCUGCACAGGGACACCACGGUUCAGAGCCUGACAUUGCAGCCAACUCUCCGGGACGGAGUCAUUGUGUACGAGGACUCCCCACUUGUGCGUGCCGUGAAGCAGGGCUACGUGCUGGUGAUCGACGAGGCAGACAAGGCUCCAGUAAACGUGACGUGUGUGCUCAAGGCAUUGGUGGAGAACGGAGAGAUGCUUCUUGCCGACGGGCGCCGCAUAUUGGCUGCCCCAGGCAAGGCAGCGGAUCGACCAGGGGUGGUUUCUAUGCAUGCUGACUUUCGCAUGGUUGUUUUGGCAAACCGGCCUGGUUUUCCAUUUCUGGGAAAUGAUUUUUUCAGUGCAAUGGGGGACAUAUUUGCAUGUCACGCGGUGGAGAACCCGUGCCGCUCAUCGGAGCUGGCCAUGCUGCAGCGCUAUGGGCCACGCGUGCAGGUCAGCUCGCUCGAGAAGCUCGCCGCCGCCUUCGGGGAGCUGCGUGGCCUGGCGGACGCCGGCCUGGCGCCCUACCCUUAUUCCACGCGUGAGCUGGUCAGCGUGGUCAAGCAUCUGCAGAUGUUCCCAGACGAUGGGCUGUGGGGCGCUGUGCGCAGCGUCUUUGAUUUCGAUGCCUACAGCCCCGAGGCGCGCGACAUGAUCCUCUCUACCCUGCACAAGCACGGCAUCCCUGCAGGCGCACACCCUGCCAACGUGCAGCUGGCCAAAGAGCUCCCUUUACCUCCCCCAAAAUUGAUAGGACAUUGGGAGGUAGGUGGACAGCCCAGUGGAGACCAACCGUGGAGGCAGUGUUUCACAGAGAAGAGAACUGUGUCUGUUUUGGGUCCUGCACUGCAGCCAGCACAGCCUCAAGUUGCAGAGCGAGUGGAUCCCCGGGGCCUGCACUUCUCGGAGGAGGAGGCGAGCUGGAGCCUCAAGCUACACGAAGCCAACAUGGCGUGCGACAUAGCUGUGAGCUCUGCAGCCCCCACAGAUGUGGAGGCUACCACAGUGUAUGUGGCAACGUGCAACCCUGUGGGCCUGUACGCGCUGCGACUGGGCAGCCGCGGUGAGCCUCUGCUGAGGCACGUGGAUUUGGCUGAGGUUUUCCCGCGUGCUGGUGUAACCAUUUGGCAGCCCUUGGUCUCUGUGGCCCCUCUCGGUUCUCAUUUGGGUGGCCAAGUGCUGAUGCUUGAGAAAAAGAGUGGCCUGGUGCUGCUGCUUGCUCCAGAAGCGGACACGGUGCACCGCCUGCUGCUCUGGCCCGAGGAGCAGGACUCACCACGCCCACGGGGUCAGAGAUGGUGGUCCAGCAAACAGGAGCAGGCACAGGAGAUGUAUUGCAUGGCAAAAGAAUUCUCUCAUCAAAACUGGAUUGUGUUUUACAAAGAGAAUGGGAAUGUGCUGGACUUGCUGCAUGUUGACAAAGGAGUGGUCACAUCCAUCGCCCUCCCCAUCAACAUUUCAUCCCUCUUUUUGGUCUCCCAGGACCACUGGCUGCUGGUGGAGAGUAAAUCUAACCGGAAGUUCCUGCUCGUGCGGCAUGGCUCCAGCGCGACAGGAGCGGAGGCUGUGUACCAGCUAAAACCCAUCUCGGAGGAGCCCGUCAGCUUGGGCUUCGGCAUGCUCACAAACAGGAGCUCAACUAGGCCAGUGUCAUUGUCCUGCGAGGAGCUUCCAUCUGAAAACCUGAGCGCGGCUCUGGGGGAACGGGUGACAUGUCCCAAUCGCCUCCUGGCUGACCACUCCACGUAUGCCACACUUCUCCUGGGAUUUCCCGAGCUCACGUCCCCCAUUGAGGUUCACGCGUGGAGUCGGGAGGAAGAAAUUUCGUCUGCCCUCCCUCAUAGCAGCUGCUGCUUUUUACCAGCGACCAAUCAGAUUGUGCGGGCCCUACCAACUGACCUCGUCCCCACAAGCAAACUCUAUGCACCAGAGACAAAACAUCCGAGUUGUGCUGGAUAUUUGGAAAUAACAGACCUCAGCUCCAAGAAGGUGAAAUACAUCCCCGUGCCAAGUUCUGACUUCAUUUCGCCCUACACGUCAUGGCUAUCUCGAGUUUCAGAUGCCGGCUUCCUAUUUGCAGUGGCUGGAAAUGAACGUCUGGUUACUGUAGAUACAGGGGGACGUGUUCGCCUCUGGGAGAUUGGAUUGGCUAGUUUGGAACGCUCUUUGCUUGAGUGGAGAAAUAUGAUUGGCCGAGGAGAGGGCUCUCCCUUGCAGGUAACCGUGCAGAGAGACAGUGGAGAAGAUGUCUCUGCCCCCAAGCAUGGCCGUACCGACCCCAGCAAUGAUCCCCAUGUUGGUGGCAACACGUGGGCUGGGGGAACAGGUGGCAGAGACACUGCAGGCUUGGGUGGAAAGGGAGGCCCCUACAGGUUGGAUGCUGGCCACACUGUACACCAGGUGUCCCAGGCAGAGAAGGACGCUGUCCCUGAGGAGGUGAAACGGGCAGCACGCGCGUUGGCGGAGAAAGUCUUCAAGGAGAGGUUACGGGAGAUUGGAAUGAGUGAAUAUGAUGCCGCCAUGUACGAGCGGUUUCUGGGGGCUGUGCGGAGCCAGGUGCAAGCCCUACGCAUCAUCCUCGACAGCCUUGAGGCCAAAGGGAAGGAGCGGCAAUGGCUGCGUCACCAGACAACGGGAGAGCUGGACGAUGCAAAGCUUAUCGACGGUCUUACAGGUGAACGAGCCGUGUACCGACGCCGUGGAGACCAAGAUCCUGAGCUGGGCUCACCGCUGGUCAAGCCAAAGCGCCUGCGUGUGCUGCUCGACGUCUCGGGCUCAAUGUAUCGCUUCAAUGGCCUGGACGGGCGACUGGAACGUGCCAUGGAGGCAGCCUGCCUCAUCAUGGAGGCCUUGCAGGGCUAUGAGGGGAAAGUCUCGUAUGACAUUGUCGGCCAUUCUGGUGAUGGUUUUGACAUCGAGUUGGUACCAACCAACAAGGUUCCCAAAAACAACAAGCAGCGACUGGCUGUCCUGAAGACAAUGCACGCGCACUCCCAGUUCUGCGCGAGCGGCGAUUACACCGUGGAGGGUGCGCGAGCAUCGGCGGCGACCCUCGCACAAGAGGAUGCAGACGAGCGCUUCCUCGUGCUCUUCAGCGAUGCGAACCUGGAACGCUACGGGGUUCCAGCAGCAAGUCUGGCACGUGCUCUUACCAACGAACCGUCCGUGCAUGCAUUUGUUGUGUUCAUCGGUUCGCUGGGCGACCAGGCCGCAAGGUUACAGCACAUGCUGCCAGCCGGCCGUUCCUUUGUUGCCAUGGACACCAAACUCAUCCCUCAGAUCCUGCAGCAGAUCUUCACGACCACUCUUCUCUCAUCCCUUUGAUGUUACCAACCAUUAUUGACACACAUCUCGUAUAGCCAUCAUAAAUUAACAUGCUUCUAAAAUUAGAUUGACUGAUUUUGAGUUUAAAAAAAAUUUACAUGUAAAUUCUGUUUUGGGCGAUGAAACAUAACCAUCUUUAAAAUGAAAGAUCUAUAGUGGUUAGGAGCACUAUGAUACAGUGCGACUAAACUGUGGUAUGUGGGGGGGGGGGCACUAUUUACAGAUCCUAUUCACAUUUUCCACAAUUCCUCUCAUCUGCACCGACACCCGCAGAUACAUGCAGCUCGUAAGAAGAAUUUGCCACUACUUUUGGGUGACUCCUCUCAUCUGCAGAAUGACAAUAGAUAUUAGAAUAAUAAUGUGUUCCUCAGGACUGCUUCCAAGUGAUGCAUAGCCAUGGAUAAUGAGAGGAAUUUGCCAUGAAUAUAGAAGAUAAAAGGUGUGAUAUUGUAUUAAAAAUUAGGAAUUUCCUUAGUCACAGAAUAAAGUGGGUUCCAAUUCUUAAGAGUAAUUUUUUUCCAAGAAGGUUUCCAAUGACGUAUUCAACAAAUGCACGUGGAGGUUUGGCCACUGCUGGGAUAAACAUGUCAGCAGUUCCUAAGUGCUGAUACAAUUGAAGUCUCAUCGGUUUACUGAUGUUUUUUAAAAUCAGGGUUCACUAAGAAUUGUUUAAUUUUUUGAUGAGAGCAAGACCUCGUUGGUCUUCAGUGGGUGCUGUGAUGACAGACCGGCAGCAGGCAGGCUUGUGAUGAAUAUACUGUACUCAAGUCCUCAUAAGAAACCUUAUUUCCAGUUGCUUUUUUCUCCUGCCUAGAUUAAAAAUGCCUCGAUCUUGUCUCUCUGGAACUGGUGGCCGUUGCAAGGCUCUGCAGAAUAUGCCCAAGAUGUGAUCUUCACAUAAAAAAAAAACAUUCUGCGAAUUCCUGUUAUGUUUUGCUGUUGAAAAUCCCUUUUUGUUUAUAUACAUGAUCACCGUUUUGCACGUAUGAAAACAAGGAUGCUUGGAAUUGCAUUGUUACGGGAAGAGGAAUACAUGGAUCAUAGAACAAAUACAUAUUAAAUAUGUUAACUUGGGUGAGGACGCUUUGCCAGAAGGGAUGACUGUAGAUGGAUAAGACUGGUGACAGAAUGGGAGUCAGAGGGAACAUGUCUGAGAGGGUUACCGUGUAUUUACAGUACUGUCAGCUUAUAAUUGUGGCAUCGAAGAACCAUGAAUGCGGUGGCAUGGGGAAUUCCGCAUUCAGGCUUCUAUAGAAAAUGGCUGAUGGGCACAUUAAAUAUAAAAAUUUCAUGAACAGGUAAUAAUUUCAUUAUCAAAAAUUCCAUAAAAUUUUAACCAACUGCUUGACUUUCAUCAAUGUAAAUUUGUAUUUAAGCAAAUUAUUGAGAUAUAUAGAAGCACUGAAAAAACGUGGUAUGUAAAUGUUAAUACUGGAAGGAACCUCCUGGUUACACCAGCCCACAGGGGAUUAUUGUGUCCGUCUGUCGUGCAGGGAGGGGCUGGGUGGGGAGGGUGGGGCUGGGUGGGAGGUGGGGCUGGGUGAGGAGGUGCUGGUCACCCCGUGGUGCCCUUAUAAAACUCAACGUUUAACCUACUCACAGCCGGCUUGUGCCCGCCCUCACAGUCGGGCAUAUUUGCGGAAUACACCACGCCGCCGUUGACCCUGGCCAUUGACCGAGCAACCCAACGUUCCUACCAGCUUCCUCCGCAGGGAUGUGUUGCAGUUGUCUGCCCCUUAAAGUCAGAAGGUUGAAACAAAUGACUCCAACCAUUAUUUUUCAGACUUUCGUGAGAAGCCUUAAAAAUGGUCAAUUGUCUGGCCUAUGAAUAAGAGCGCAUCAAAAUACCGAUUAGCUGAGAAACAGCCUACCGAGCACGACUGCUGAAAAGUGGAAGAGUGGAUCAUUAUCAAGUAAUGUUGCAUUACAUUAUCCGCCAUUAAAGUCAGUAUAUAAAUCGUGGAAGUGUUGAUUUAUCUUGAAGUUGCAAUUCUGAUUUACUCCUUGCAACGUGUUUAUGUAAUGAAUAUUGUUGGAUAAAUGCAAUAAAUAACUCAAUGCAAGUUUGGAAAGCUUUUAGUGACAGAAUAUACUCCGUUAAGUGUAUAUAUAUAAACAUACAUUUUAUCGUUGGAUAAGUGCAUUAUUGAUUUUAAUGUGUUGACAUGUGUUUACGUGUUAUAUUUAGAAAUAAAUACAUUUAUGAUUGC